AUGUUAGCAACACAGACAGAAGAAGUGGAGAUGAGAGAGACUACUGCCACUACAACUGCAACUAUUGCAACUAUACCAUCAUCUCAUGUGUGUCCACACUGUGACCACAUAUACUAUAUAGACACUCUAAACUAUACCAAUCAUAUGAUAUCAACAUGCAGUCAUAUGCUAUGUAAAACAACUAUUGUAUCCAAAGUAAACAGUCCUUUUAAAAGUGUAAAUGAUUAUUCGGUUGAUUUACACGGAAGUCAAGUACCAUUAGUUAUAUUCCUUAGAUUCAUAAAGUAUCUAAGAGAAAGAAAUAGUAGUGGUCAUAAUCCACAACAAGGAUACUAUACGAUACACCAAUCUAAAACAAGAAUUUCAAAUUCAUUCCAAGGUGUCACAGUUUUUAGAUUGGAACAAUCCAACCUAAACAACGUAGAUCAAACCAAUGAUACCAUUACACAACACACCUUUUACUUGACCAGUAAUCCAAUCAAUGAUCUUUCUUUUUUCGAAUCAUUUAUCAUUAAAUACUAUGUGGAUAUACUUUGUCCCAUUACUUUAAAUAUUCAUCAUAAUCAUGGUGAUAAUAAUAACAAAUUAAAUGGAAACAUUAAUGUUGACAAUAAUAGUAAUAAUAAUAUUAUUAUUAAUAGAGUUGGUAAAACUAGUAAUAAUAAUAAUCAAUUAAUGGAACAACAAGUUUAUGCAAUAUUAUCAAAUCAACAACUUUGGACUAUUUUUAAUGAUGAAAAUCAAGAUGACGAACAAUGGGAUGAUAGUCAUGAAGAUGAUGGUGGUGGUGGUGGUAGUAAUGGUCGUUGGUCAAUCAUACUCACUGGAAUUCCAAAUCAACUACCAAUAUUUGUUUGGUUAACUCCAAAUAUGAUCAAUCAUCAUCAACAACAACAACAAGAAAAAGAAGAAAAUAAUAAUUAUUUAAUUCCAUUAGUUUUGUCAAAUAAUAAUAAUAGUAAUAGUAAUAACAGUAAUAAUAUAACAUCAGUUAAACUUUUACCAAUCAUUCAUCUCCCAUCUGUCGCCAUUCAAAAGCAAGAUAUGAGACCUUCACCACCAAAACCAUGGGAGAGAGCAGGGUCACCAUCAACAGCAGCACCACCAGCAUCUGUAUCAACAGCGGCACCUAGACCUCCCUUACGGUCAGGUUCACCCAAUAAUGGUACAUCUACAAGCAUAAUUGGUAGUAGUACUGCCAAUGGAAUCAAUAGUAGCAGUCAUAUAGGAGGAGGAGGAGGUACAUCAUCGUCGACGAUAAUGACGAGACCUCGUACACCUCAACGUCCAUGGGACGGUGGAGGUUAUUCAUCGUCAUCAGACUAUAUGACUGGAAGAUAUGGAGGCAGUAGCUAUGGAAGUGGCGGUGGUAGUGGAUAUGGAUCAAGUUAUGACAGCACUGGAUACGGUGCAGGAAGUGGAUACGGUGGAACAAAUAGCAGUAGUUAUGGAAGCUAUGGUGGAUACGGUGGAAUGAGUAGUUAUGGUGGUAGUGGUAGUGGCUAUGGAAGUAGCUAUGGUAACAGUGGAUAUGGUGGAAUGAGUAGUUAUGGUGGUGGAUACGGAGGCAUGAGUAGCUAUGGUAGUGGCUACAGUGGAAUGAGCAGUUAUGGCAGCGGAGGUGGUUACGGCAUGGGUAUGGGAUACGGAGCCGGCGGAGGAUACAGAGACAUGGACGGCAAAGGCCCAUUGGGUAACGUCAUGUCUAGUGGUCAUACUUGGAUGGAAGCUUUACAUUCAAUCGUUGAUACCUUUUCAAGAUUCACAUUUUUAUUAAAUUCAAAUUUCGAUGCUGUUCGAGUUUCUUUUGCAUCAGUUAUGAGAUUAUGUCAUAGUAUGAGUCAAUUUAAUCAUGAAAUAUUUAGAUUGGUUAAAACCUUUACAUUGUUUAGAUUAUUCCAAUCAGUUGCUUCGAAAUUUAUUAGAAUAUUUAGAUAUAUUUUGGGGAAACCAAUAGUAGAGGUUAAAGAAAAUGUAGGAUUAGAUUUAAAUGAUUUCCAAAAAUUCAAUGGAGAAAAGGGUAAACAAGGACCACAAAGUAUUAAAACAUUUAUUGUAAUUAUAGCCGUAACAUUUAUUGGCAUUCCAAUGAUUAUUGGACAAUUGAUAAGUCUAUCAAGAGGAAGAAGAAGAGAUGCAUCACUGGAUAGAUCAUGGGAAAACGAUAUGGAUAAAAUAACAAAGGUUCGAGCAAUCUAUGACUUUGAUUCCGAAACACCACGUGAUCUUCCAAUAAGAGUAGGAGAUGUCAUCAAUGUCAUUGGAAAACCACAUGAAGAAUGGUGGCAAGGUGAAUUAAAUAAUCGUGUUGGACUUUUCCCUGUUAAUUUUGUUGAACCAAUUCAAGAUGAUUUGGAACAACCACAACAACCAUCACAACAACAACAACAACAACAACAAAAUAAUAAUAAUAGACAACAAAGAUUACAUUCACCACCAAAAUUAACUUAUAAUAAUAAUCAAAAUCAAAAUCAAAAUAAUAGUUUCCAACAAAAUAAUAAUAAUUUUUCAACAUCAUCCAUUUCUAAAAAUAUACAUUUUUCAAAUAGUAAUAAUAAUCCAUCUUUUCAUCAAGAUGGAGCAGACACUAUACAAUCAGGACAAGAUUUUUAA